CAAUAUUAUAACGUUUCGUAACAAGAAAAAGAAACACUAAUUGUCCGUGCUUGAUAUUACAUAUAUAAUUAAAUAAUAGGAUAACGAAUAUUUUUUUACGUAUUCUGUUGCCGAAUAGCUGUAUAAAUGAAUAUUCAGUUGUCAGUUUAUUUCCUACCUUGCCUAAGGUGAUGACUAGUGGUAAGAACCAGAUCAACUGAACGAGUGACAGAGGCCAUCUAACCACGUUUGAUAUUGUGUUCUCGCCACCGGUAAAAGGAUGAGGUUUACAGUUUGGUUCCUGUCAGCUGUCGAUAUUGCCCUCAUUUGCUAUGUAGAUGCUGUCGAUAGAAUGAAUUUCAAGUCCUGUCAACAAAGCAGUUUUUGCCGGAGGUGCCGAGGUGUUCAACCUGGAAAAUCAAGUUAUGAACUUCAUCUAAAUACAUUGAAAGUUGAACCAUCAAGCAUUGAAGCUGAAAUGGUUAAUACUGAGAAUGGUGCUAGAUUUCGUUUUCAGCUCUUUGCACUUCAAGAUGGAACAUUUAGGAUGAAGAUAAAUGAAUGGGCUCCUCUUAAACCUCGAUAUGAAGUACAGUAUGCUCUUCAGGGUGAACCAUUGUUGAAUAAGUUGAAAGUCAUAGAGAGGACAGCUGAACUUGUUUCCGUUGAAGCUGGAGCAAAUAAAGUUACUGUUCAUGCUAUUCCAUUUCAUGUAGAUUUAUUCUCUGGAGAUGAACUUGUGAUUUCUGUGAAUGCCAGGGGACUUAUGAGAUUUGAACAUAUGCGCCUGAAACCAGAACAAAGUGAAGGUGGAGAAAAGACUGAGGGUGAAGAUGGUCCACACCAUGAUGACACUGUUUCUGAUCCUGGAGCAUGGGAAGAAAAUUUUAAGUCUCACCAUGACACAAAACCAAAUGGUCCCACAGCUGUGGCAUUAGAUUUCUCAUUUAUUGGUGCUCAUUAUGCAUAUGGCAUACCAGAACAUGCAGAUUCCUUUGCUCUUAAAUCAACAAAGAAUAUGGAUCCAUAUCGACUGUACAACCUGGACGUGUUUGAGUAUGAGCUAAAUAAUGCAAUGGCUUUGUAUGGUUCAGUACCUGUUCUUAUAGCACAUGGGAGUACCCACACCGUUGGUAUGUUUUGGUUGAAUGCAGCUGAAACCUGGGUAGAUAUUUUGGGUACAGCUGACCAAAAUGUUGUUUCUUCAAUAGUGAACUUUGUGUCAGGAUCAGCCACUCCACCACAGGUUGAUUCUCACUUUAUGUCUGAGAGUGGCAUCAUAGAUACAUUCUUCAUGCUUGGUCCAAAACCAAAGGAUGUGUUCCGACAAUACACAAAGCUGACUGGAACUGCUCCGUUACCUCAGUAUUUUGCUUUGGCACAUCACCAGUGUCGCUGGAAUUACAAUGACCAGGAUGAUGUGAGAAAUGUUGAUAACAAAAUGGAUGAAUAUGAUAUUCCUAAUGAUGUUAUGUGGCUGGAUAUUGAGCAUACAGACAGUAAGAAGUACUUCACGUGGGAUCCAAUUAAAUUUUCUCAGGCCACAGAAAUGAUUAAUAAUUUAACAGCUAAGGGUAGAAAAUUGGUGACUAUAGUUGAUCCCCAUAUUAAAAGAGACAGUAAUUAUUUCCUCCAUAAUGAUGCAGAAAACAAUGACUACUAUGUGAAAACAAAAGAUGGAAAAGUUUUUGAAGGUUGGUGCUGGCCAGGGUCAUCAAGUUACUUGGAUCUUUUGAACCCAGAAGUUCGCAGUUACCUUUCUUCACAAUAUUUGUUGCAAAAUUACCAUGGUUCAACAUUAGACUUGUACAUAUGGAAUGACAUGAAUGAACCAUCAGUUUUUAAUGGACCAGAGGUUACAAUGCAUAAAGACUGUCUGCAUUAUGGAGGCUGGGAACAUCGUGAUAUUCACAAUAUUUAUGGUUUGCUUCAUACGAUAUCAACAUAUGAAGGCUUACUGCAGCGGUCAGGUGGUAAACUCCGACCUUUUAUUCUGACACGAUCUCAUUAUGCAGGCUCGCAGCGUUACACUUCUGUGUGGACUGGAGAUAACACAGCAGAAUGGGGUCAUCUCCAGAUCACUAUUCCCAUGUGCCUGUCACUGUCUGUGGCAGGCAUCUCAUUUUGUGGAGCAGAUGUGGGUGGAUUUUUUAAAAGUCCAGAUGCUGAACUGUUUGUCAGAUGGUACCAGGCUGCAGCUUUUCAACCAUUCUUCAGAACACAUUCCCAUAUCGAUACCAAGAGGCGUGAACCAUGGCUGUUUGAUGAGCAUACAUUAUCAUUUAUAAGAGAUGCUAUACGCAAACGGUAUUCAUUCCUACCUUUGUGGUACACAUUAUUUUUUGAACAUGAACAAGGUGGUGCUCCUGUGAUGCGUCCUUUGUGGGCUGAAUAUCCUUCAGAAGUGCCUACAUUUGCCUUGGAUGAUGAAUACUUGUUGGGUGACAAGUUGCUUGUACAUCCUGUGGUGCAUCCAGGAGUGUCGGAUGUAAGCAUUUACUUCCCUGGACCUCAGGAUGUUUGGUAUGACAUAGACACCCACAGGAAAAUUCAAGGAGGGGGCACAGUUAAAAUACCUGUAACAAUUAGCAAGAUUCCAGUAUUCCAAAAAGGUGGAACCAUUAUUUCAAAGAAAGAAAGGAUUCGGAGAUCAUCUUCACUCACACAUCAUGAUCCUUAUACUCUCUUUGUGGCAGUAGACAGAAAUGGGUCUGCAUCAGGUACAUUAUACAUUGAUGAUGGCCAGAGUUUUGACUACAGAAAACAGAAGUAUUUAUAUUUAUCCCUGGAAUUUAAUGGGAACAAAUUAAGCUCAAGAUACCUCGAUGCUGCAUGGUAUCCUUCUAGAUCCUGGCUGGAAAGAGUUGUGAUUUUGGGUUUGCCACCAGGAGUGACCAAUGCACAAGUGGAGAGUAAAAGUGGGGGCAGAGUGACUGUGGAAACAAUGUAUAAUAGUGAAACACAAAGUCUUACUGUGAGGAAACCUGCUGACCUUCACCCUCAAACCACCCACUUCAAGAACUGCAUCUAUGCCCCCAUUUACACCGGAACUGUUGCAAACUAUUUAUACAACCUUUGCUGAUGUCAAACCUAAAACAGUAAAUGUAAGUUUGUUGGUUUUAAUUAAUAUGAGAAUGAUGUGCUUAUGUAACUCAAAAGGUAUGGAGAAUUGAAGUUGUGGGAAUUUUCACCUGCUGUUAAUAAAGUUAGAGAAGUAAGACAAAUACUCAUAUACAUUUGAGAUCACUUAUAUAAAAUUUCUGUGCUUUAUUCGGAUAGCCAUAGAAUUCUGCAUCUUUCACAUAUCUGUAAAAGUUUGUUCAUGUUAUUCACUGCUGUGUAGGUAUCUUUCAACAACACAAAAAUCUGCCCACACCUGAAUAUGGCACUCACUAGAUCGAAACAUGAAGUGAACAAAAUGAAAG